AUGAUGGUGGCAAGAUACUUGGAAACCAAUGUCAGGGCGGCUGUUGAAGAGACAUUGGAAUUGGAUGUUGCAAGGGGUCUGUGGUCCAAGAAGAGGUUGAAUAGACAAGAAGAUCAAGAUCCAGAAUUAUCAUUUAAAGAUAAGUUAACUGAAGAUGAUACUGGUGUAUUGACAAUCAAUUCAAAUACAAUCCCUGGUAAAAUUAGUUAUAGAAUAGUUGAUCAAAGACAUUCCCUUGUGUUGACACCUUUAGCAUUGAAUAACAAUUUCAAUAUUAAAUUAAAAUCAAUUAAAAUUAAUUUACCUGAUGGGAUAAGAUCAAAUUGUUUAACAAUUAAUCAAUUCAUUACACAACAAGAUGAACAUUCCAUCGUGAUAGACUUGAUUAGUGAUGCUGGUAUGGUUAUUACCAUCUUGUUAAAAUUAUCAGAUUUCACCAUUAAUAAUAACAACAAUCAUUCUCAAUUAAAUUCAUCAAAUUAUCAUGAAUGGUGUAAAAUUUCAAAUCCUUAUUCAUUUGAUAUUAGAAUCCCUCAUUUUUUACAUUCCUUUAGUUAUGAUCAAUCAAUUGUUCUUUUGAAAGAUGGUGGUAUUAUUGGUUUACAAAAAAAUCCUGGAAAACUUGAAGAAAUAACAACAAUAAUUUUUAAUGAUAAUUCAUAUUUUGAAAAUUUAGGUAAUUUUUUCAAACCUUGGUCUCAAUCAAAUCAAAUUAAAUUAAAAGAUUCAAAUCUUUCACCUAAAACUGCAAUUGAUGCUUUAAAUUUUAAUGAUUAUUUAAUUACAAUUACAAUAAAUAAAAAAUUAAGAAUAUGGUCAAUUUCAAAACAAUCAUUAAUCUUGGAAAAAGAUUUAAUUGAUUUAAUUUCAUCAAAUCAAAAAAUUACAACAAAUAAACCAUUUUUAGAUCCUUCUCCAACGAAAUUAUUAGAUUUAUUAACUAUUAAUAUUGAUGGUGUUGAACAAACUUAUUUAUCAAUUUUCUUACCAUUUGGUUCAGGUUUUUUCAAAAUUUUCCAAUUAGAUGCAUCAUCAUCAUCAUCAGGUCAAUCAAUUGAUGUUAAAGAUUUGGGAACUAAUUUUGAAUAUGAAGCUACAUUACCAGAUUCGACAACUAUUUGGUUAGUUGCUGAUUUCAAAUUAAUUAAAUCUAAUUCAAUUGAUUCAUUAGAUCUUUGGGUAUUAUGGAAAAGUAAUACUUCAUCAAUUAUACAAAAUUUAAAAAUACAACAAAAUUUAACUUUUAAAAUUCAAUGGUUUGAAGUUUCAAAUUCAACACAAGAUUUAACAAAAUUAAGUGACAGUGAAACUUGGUCAGAGUUUUAUUUACGUAAAAUAUUUGAAUCUGAUAUUUAUUCAAAUGAUAUAAUUUCAACUGCAUUGAAAAUUUAUCAACAACAUUUCACCACUACAUCAACAGCAUUGGAAGAAGAUUCAUUACUUGAUGAUUUAUCAAUAAGAGAGAAAGUUGUAAAGACAAUUGGACAAAAUAUAAUUAUCGAUAAAAAUUAUGAUGAUAAUAUUAAAAAACAAUGGUCAAGAUUUGAUACUUUAUGUAAAGAAUUUCAAAAACAAUCAAAUGAACAUUUAAAAUUCCAUAUUGAUUUAGAUUCAAAUUUAAUUUUUUUAAUUAAUAGAUUAGAUUUUUCAUUAAUUAGGAAAACUUCAAAUUCUGAAUUAUUAAGUCAAAAUAAACAUUUAAAAAUUUCUUCAAUUGAUAAAUUUGAUGAUAUUGAAAAUCAUUUAAAAUUUUUAAAUAUAAUUUCAAAUUUUAAAAAAUCUAUUUCAAGUGAUGUCUUGGAUAAUGUUAAAAAUUCAUUAAUUAGAUUAAUCAAUAAUACAGAUACAAAUUCAAAUAUAUUUGAUAAUUUAUCAAAAAUUUAUUUAGAAACACUGAAUGAUAAAUUUAAUCCAAAUAAUUUAUCAAAUUUAGUGGAAGAAUUAUCAUCAUUUGAUGAUAUUUUCAAAAUUAUAAAAGAAUUAUUAUCAUUACAAGAUGGACAAGAACAACAAUUUAUAACAAAGGGGAAAUUAACAAAAUUUGGUACUUCAAUAGUUUUAAAUUCAUUAAAAGAUAUUGUUAAAAUAAAUCAAGAAAUUUUAUUUGAUUUAUUAAUUUUAUUAUUAGUUUUAGAAAUUUAUAAAAAAGAUGAAUUAGAAUUAAUUUUAUCAAAAAUUUUACCAAAAUUUAAAUCUUAUCAAAUUUUAGAGAAAAGUCUUUACAUUAAUUUUAAUGAAUUUACUAAUAAAUUAGAAUUAGAUGAAAGUUCAAUUUUAGAAAAUGGAUUAAUUUCAAAAAUUAUUGAUUUGAAAUUUCCUACUGGAUUCUUAAUUAAUGAAGUUAAUUUAAAUGAUUUUAUAAAUGGUCAAUUAAUUCCAUUUUUAAACAGUUCAGAAUUCAUUUAUUCAAUUUCAAUAUAUUUAAUUUCAAAUAAUUAUUCAUCAUUGGUUUAUACUCAUUUCUUACAAUUUUUUGAUUCAUCACCAAUUUUUAAAUGGUUAAAAGCAAUUACAUUUUUGAAAACAAAUCAAACUUUAAAAGCUGAAAAAAUUUUCUUACAAAAUUCUCAAACAAUUACAAAAUAUAUCUUGAAAGAUUCUGAAAAAGAAUUAUUAAAAUCAUUAGAAGAUUUUACAGUUUUAUUCAAAAGUUCAUUAACAAAAUAUUAUUUUAAUUUAGCUAUAAUAUUUUUACAUGAUUUAAAAUUUCAAUCAGCAUUAAAAUUUAUUAAUUUAUCUAUUGCAGAUAAUUUUAAUUCUGAAUUUGAUAGUGAACAUUUAGAAGAAAAAUAUUUUGUACUUUUCAAUAUUGCAAAUGAUUUAUCAAAUUUUGAAAUUUCUGCAAGAGCUUUAGAUAAUUUAAAAAAUCCACAAAGGAAAAAAGAAGCAUUUGAAACAUUUAUUUAUGGAUUAUAUAAAAAUGGUGAAACCCGAGUAUUAAAUUAUUUUGAUUUUACAAGUGAUUAUAAAUUAAUUGAUUCAAUUUUAUUAACAAAAGCUCAAUCGUUCCCAAAUGAUUUGAAAAAAUCAUUAUUUUUUUAUCAAACAUUAUAUGCAUUUAGAUUAAAAUAUAAGAGUUAUAGAGGUGCAUUAGAAUCACUUUAUGAAUUUAUUUAUAAAUUUCAAUCAUUUAUUGAAAUUGAUGAAUCUGUUAAAUUAACAAUUGCAGAAUUAUAUUCAACAAUUUUAAAUUUAUUAAUUACAUUACCAAAAGAUGAACAAUGGUUAAUUUAUCAAAUAAAUUCAAAUGAACAAAAUGUUAUAAAUUAUAAAGAAUUAAAAGAAGAACAAUUAAAAUUAACAAAUUCAUUUUCAAAAGAAUUAAAAUUAAGAUACUUGUCAUGA